GUAUUGUACAUCUGAUUGUUUUAAGGAACUGUAGUGUGCAUAAUAUAUAUUGUGUAAUAUGUUGUCGUGCACUACAUUCUAUGACGAGGACGAUGAAUGUUGUUUGACUGUCGAUAGUCUAAGAGAAGCUAGAGUGGUGGGUCAGUUUGAUAAAAAGUUUAUCCUGCUGAUUGCUAAUGCUAAAAGUAGACAUUAUCAACUGUUUGAAGAACCAUUCUCUAAACCACAUGGAUACAGAUAUAAACAUUCCUACAUUAUUGCAGUUGAUCAACAUGCUGCACAUGAGAGAAUACUUGUUGAAUUUUUUGAGAAGGAGUGCUUGAAUCAUUUUGAAAUGUCUUCAAAUAGAGCAACACGUGAACUCCAACUUUUGAAAAUAUUUUCCAGGAAAAUAUCUUUAAAACUAUCAAGGCGAUUGGUUCCCGAUAUCUUUAAUUUAGUGAACCAAGAACAAGUUAAGUUAUAUUGGCUAUUAAAAUAUGGGUUCUCAGCUAUUCUUGAUUGUAACUCCAUGGAGCAAUCUAUUAUCGUUACUAUGAUCCCUCGAGUAAUUCCUCAAAGUCAUUCGUCAGAAAAACUCCUUAGGAAAAUCAUCGCGAGUUGUAUUCGGGUUAUACUGUUAAAUCAGGAGGAAUCAAACGUCAGUAUUAUACACCAGAUCAUGCAAGCGAUUCAUCCCCUUUUAGAAAGUCGAGCUUGUCAUCAAGCAAUUCGUUUCGGAAGUAAACUUAGCAGAAAGCAAAUGGAGAAACUUAUAAUUGAACUUUCAAGAUGUCGUAUACCUUUCCAAUGCGCACAUGGACGUCCAACUUGUACUUUAAUUAAAAUAACUGAUAAAGAAUAUGAUUAAAUUUUAUAGAUAAAAAUGUCCAUAAUACUAAGAAGUAAAUAUUUCAAAAUAAAAUCUAUACAGUACUAUAAUUGUCUAGUUUUAAUCUGUACACCUUAAUCUGAAGACAAUAGUGUGGUCGACAUUUAUACUUUUUG